UCAAAUCAAGCCUGAAUUAUCUCUGGAGGUUCAAAUGUCCGGCACAUCAUGAUACUCUCUAAUUCUGGAAAAGGUGGAAGGCAGCAGGAAAGGAGGACGACCAAACACGAGAUGGAUCGACUCCCUAAAGGAACCCACAGGCUUGAGUUUGCAAUAGCUGAGGCAGGUUCCUGAGGACCGGGACCUUUUGGAAAUCGCUGAUUCACGGGGCCUCCUUUAAAAUGAUCUUGUUUUAACGUGAUUAAAAAGAGACUUAUUCCCGUCCUUUUUAUAUGUAAAUGACUUACCGGUAUUCACUGAGUUCCGCCUGAGGCAACACCCACUCUCAAUGCCAGAAAAGUGAAAGUAAACGAGCGAUCGCUCCUUUUCCCUUGUGAUUUAAAAAAAAGGGGGAGGGAAAUGGCUGCAGGAGGAGAUCCCCUCCGGGAUCUCUGCGAGGAAGCCACCUGCGCCAUCUGCCUGGAUUAUUUCAAGGAUCCGGUCACCAUCCAGUGCGGGCACAAUUUUUGCCAAGCCUGCCUGGCUCGUUGUUGGGGGAAAUCGGAGCAAGAGGCUCCCUGCCCUCAGUGUAGGGUCGCCGUUCAGCCCCGGAGCCUCAUCCCCAACCGGCCCCUGGCCAACUUCGUGGAGAUCAUCACUAAGAAACUCAGUCUUCAGGGGGUCAAGGGGGUGGCGGCCGCCGCCGAGGAAAGGAAAAGGGGAUCCUGCGAGAAGCACCAGGAGCCCCUCAAGCUCUUCUGCCAGGACGACCAAGCCCUGAUCUGCGUGGUUUGCGACCGAGCCAAAGAGCACCGAGAUCACCAGGUGGUACCUCUGGAGGAGGCCGCCCAGGAGUACCAGGAUCGGAUCAGUUGUUGGUUGAAGAACCUGAGGAGUGAGAGAGAGAGCAUUUUGGCAUCUAAAAUAGCCACAGAAAAGGAAUAUCAAGACCUGCUUAUGAAAGCAGACGCAGAGAGGGGAAAGGCAGUGGCUGAGUUCAGGCAGCUACACCAGUUUCUGGAAGAACAUGAGAAGCUUCUGCUGGCCCAGGUUAAAGAACUGGAGAAAGUCAUUGUAAGGAGAAGGGAUGAGCACCUCACCAAACUCACCAAGAAGCUCUCCUCUCUUGGUGAUCUGAUCCAGAAUAUGGAGGAGAAACAUCAACAGUCCGCAGAGGAGCUCCUGCUGGAUAUCAGAGGGACUUUGCAGAGUGACCCCAAAAUAUUUCUUUGCCUCAGGAUGGAGCUGAGAGGCAAGUUUGAGAACCCUGGGGUUUCGCCUCCUGAGCUGACGGAGAUGAUCUCAGAAGUCUCUAACUUAAAAACCUUCCUUGCAAAUGUCAUGAAGCAAUUCAAAGAGUUAAAUGUGGAGCUGGAAGGAUUCCAUAAAAAGAUAGAAAAUAUAAUGGGAAACAUGGCAGAGUUACAGAUGGAAGACACGGACAACUGGACCCCUUCUAAAGUUCAGAGGAUAAAGCCAGGUGGUCUUUCCUCUGGAGCUCAGCUGCAGAAAGCAAAUGUAACCUUGGAUCCCGACACAGCUUUUCCCCGGCUCAUCCUAUCUGCGGACUGUAAAAGCGUGAGAUGGGGAAAGAAAUAUCAAGAUCUCCCCAAGAAUCCGGAGAGAUUUCACCUCUGCCCUUUCGUGCUGGGACGUGAAGGAUUCUCAGCAGGCAGACAUUUCUGGGAAGUCCUUGUGGGAAGUGAGGAAGAGUGGGCAGUAGGGGUUGCCAAAAAGUCUGUCAAGAGAAAAGGCCCCCUUAACAUAAGCUCUGAGGAAGGGAUUUGGGCUGUAGGGAAGUCAGAGGGCAAGUACAAGGCCUAUUACCCUCCUCGUUACACUCCUUUGACCCUGAAGGGAGACCUCAAGAGGAUUCGGGUGUGUCUGGACUAUGACGGGGCCUGUGUGUCUUUUGAUGAUGCUGAUACAGGGGCCACCUUUUGUAAAUUCUCUGAGGCCUCGUUCUUAGGAGAAAUCCUCCAUCCUUUCUUUCGUGUGUUCUUAGAUGGCUACCUCAGAAUCUCUCCUUCAGGCAGCCAAGCUGACUUUACAAGCUUGGUAUGAGUGAUAAAUAUAUCAAAGAUUAAUGAAAUAUAUCAAAGAACAUGUGCAUAAAACACAUGUUCAGAAAAAUGCAGUUUUUCUGCUUUUAACAAUGCUUUUCCUCCACCAGUAUGAUUUGUUUUCCUGUGCAUGACUCUGGAAGAAUACAAGGAAACAAAGGCAGUGGUUGUGAUUCAGUUGUGCACCUUGGUGUUUGCAGUGGUAAUAACAUCGGCAUCAGUGGCAAGUUGCAGAUGAAAGGAAAAUCACUGCUGAUUAAAGGCAAUUUUGGGGUACAUAACAUGACAAACUCACUAGCAGUACAAAAUCCACUAAGAAAAUCCUUAAUCAGCAGUAAUUUGACAUUGAUCCAGAGUUGUGCAGCAGGAUUUCAGCCACUGUUUACAUUUGGAAGAUAAUUAAGUGAUACAUAUUUUUUUUUCUUUUAUUUGAAGUGAGGGAGCAUUCUUCAUAGAAACAGAUUUCUCUAAACAUGCUGCCUUGGCCAUGAGAAUGUAUCUGUUCUUAGUGCCCCAAAGCAUUUUUUUAUUUGCAAGACUCCCUGAAGGUCCUUUCCGAUAGGACUAUUGUCAUGUUCUUUAUACGCCCCUUCUGCUGAGGCUCCCCGAGGGCUCCCCAAUUAGUCUGCUGGAACACACUGGGCCCAGAACCUAGAGCAGCAGUCCAUCUUCCAUUUUGAUUUGCUGUCAUCCAUUUUGCGUAAAGUUGCUCCAGUUGUUCGGUGAUGGACAAUGGAUAUGCAAGCUGCAUUAAUUAUAUUUUGGGAGCAUGAAGAGGCAGAUAUUGCCUUAUCAGCUGUUACUAAUGAGCUUAUUUACUGUACAUGCCUGAUUUUAUCACAUGAGACACUGCAUUAGGAAAAAUUAACAUACUGUCUCAUUCUCCAAAGUACUGUAUAAUACAGUAUAGUAAUGAUGUAUUACCCAGCUGCAGAUUAUUAUUGUAAACAGCAAAACUUUAUAUUGUUUGCUUUACUCAGUGGGUGUUCAGACGUCACGCUGUGACUCAUGAUACACGCCGUUACCCAUCCCAUUGAGUGCCUAUGUAAGUUACUCAAUAAACUUGUCUUUUUGCAAGUAAAUCUGGAUCUUCUCUGUAGUUUCCUGGAGCUCCUCUCAAACUGUUCUCCAAUGGCUGGGGAAUGUUACACCUUUUCAAAAAAUAUAUAUUUGUACAGUAUUUAUUUCCAACAGAUAGCUAAAGAAGUACUGGGUCUUUUGUCUCUAGAGUGGGGCACUUU